GAUAAAGGUCUCUCCUCCUUCUUCUCGUACCGACUACAUACCAAGGUGACGGGCUUGUCACAUUCUAUCGCGUCUUCGAUCCAUUGGCGCGAAAAACUAGACCUUUCUCGCUCCUCUUCUAUUUCCUUUUCAACCCUUCUCUCAGGGUAUUCUUUCAUCUCUUCUCAAGAUUUCAUCAAAACAUACAUAAUAGGAUAAUAUGUCCUUCUCAUACACUACACCUCCCGGCCAUCCGGGCGCCGCUUACUACGGCUUCUCGACCAGCGCUUCCCCUUCGCCUGCCGGCUCGCCAUCUGGAUCCCCAGGAUACUCUUCUUCACGACACCCAUUCCGAACUCAUUCUCGACAUACAAGUUAUGCAGAUACUACUACAUAUAGAGCGUCCACUACUGAGGCGAGGCCUUUCUCUCCCAGAUUUACUUCAAACGGAUACUACGCUACUGGUGCUGGUCCAAAUGUGAGUCGAAACAAAAGUUCUUGGUCAUCACCGCCGCCGCGUCAUGAGACAGAGGCUCAGUAUUCUUACUCCCACCGAACCCCUCAUGGGGGUGCCGAGGACGACGAAUAUUAUGAAUAUUUAGAAGAUGUAGACGGGACAAUAUAUUUGUGCAGAGUGCCUCGUCGAUCGGCGGCGCACACACCUUACAAGUAUAGUAGUCAUGGUACUGAUAAAUAUUACAACCAGAGCCCAAAGUAUGCUGAAGAUCCUGAGUCGUCAUACAGACAUCGUCGAAAUGCUUCAACUACAGCUACACCUCAACGACCAGCGACCACUCGACCCGGAGCAACUCGUCCUACGGCCACUUCAACUAGGACUAAACCUCAACCACCCCCGGAAAAGGCCACUGAAGCCGAUGCGCGCCGACACCACAUCCCAGCCGGAUACUCUCUUAAGAAUUGGGAUCCAACCGAAGAACCCAUCAUGCUCCUCGGCAGUGUUUUCGACGCCAACAGUCUUGGCAAGUGGAUCUACGACUGGACUGUCUACCACCACGGUCCUGCUACCCCACUAUCCGAUAUGGCUGGUGAACUCUGGUUACUACUCAUUCAAUUAGCCGGCAAGGUCAAGCGUGCAGAGGAGUGCAUGCCACGCAUUCGACAACCAGAUAAUAGAGAAAUGGUCGACGAUUUCAUUGAGUCUGGAGAACGCUUGACAGACAAGUUAAAGAAACUCCUCAAGGCAUGCGAAGCACCUAUGUUGAAGGCAGGUCGAAGCGGAACCAAGUCGGCAACAACACAACUCGGCAAGAAUGCCGGUACUGAAUUUGUUGACUCGAUCUUUGGACGCGACAGACAACUUGAACACACUGAGAAGUUCAUGGCAUCAGUUCGAUUAUGGAAUAUGCGAUUUGACGCCAACUGCGAAGAAAUUCUCCGCAAGCCGGGUCAACAUGCUUAAAUACACUCAACACAUGUUUCAAUACAUCACACAACAAACAAAAAAAUAUUAUGGAUCCAUACACAAACGGAUUAGAAGGAGGGAGUUUGUUUAUUUCUUCCAUCAUCUCGAUUUCUUACGAAUCAAACGAUACCCAUGGGACCAUUAUGAAUGUGUUCUCAUUUGCUUUACGGGGCAGUCAUUGUAAGAUAAAAAGGAUGGUUUACAAAGGGAGGCGCAAGCCAAAACUUUCCGGUUCAGUCAGGCAUUGGGCGGGAUUUUUCUAAAAGAUUACAUUUGCAUGUUGGACAAGGCAUGUUUAUUAUAGCGGAUUGGGAAAAAAGUUUAUGCAUUUUCCAUCGGUAUUGGAGAUUGUUAAUUAAAGGGUAGUAGCUCGAUGGAUGGAUUGUUUUGUUUGAUUUUUAUUUCUAAGAUUAUCACGGUUGUUCAAAGACAUGCGGCGGGACUUUUAUUUUAUUUUACGCAUUUAUGGGAAAGGAAAAUGGAUUGGUAGGGUUCAAUGGCGAUGGCAAAUUUGUAAUAGUAGUUUUUAGUAGCUCGACGGGGCAUGGUUGCUUGCUGGCUUUGGCUUUGCUUUGGCGUUUGCCCAUCACACGGCACGGAGAUGAUUUCGAGAGAUCGCAUCGUCUGGAUAUACCCUUCAUAUACUUCUGUUUGAGUUUUAGCUUUGUCAAUCAUUGGCUGCCGCGAAUAGUUUCAAUUCAUGGAAAGGACAUUUUCUCUUCUUCACAUUCGCGUCGCUUUGAAAUUAUGUGUAUAUGCA